GGUGCAGGACAGGGUGAUCAGUGCCAACCUGCGAGAAGCAGGGCACAUCUGCUUCCUCCCUCGGACAUCCCCAUUCUCAACGCAGCUCUCAAAGGCUCUUUUGCAUAUUUAAUUAAUGACCGAAUUAGGAUCAAGGCCUCCAAGCGAGGCACUGACUCCUGAGAAAAGCCUGAUGCCGGCUCUCUGUUGCCUGCAUCUUGUGCUGGGGUGCCAGCCGUGUCCCACCGAGGCUGGAGCUGCUGCUGCCGCCGUGAAUUUCUUUCCCUGCCAAGGCUCUCGCUGCGGGGUGACCGAGGCUCGGAGGGUUCGCGUGCUUUGGUUUAACCCUCCCGGGCACGGUGAGGCACCGGCGGGACACAGCCCGGAGUUACCGCCGGGAUGCAUCCGACUUUUCCUGCUGAGCCGGGCUCUGCUUUUAGCGUGGAAAAACCAACACUAGCGGAAAAACGACCGUGGCCACACCCCGGCGUUGGAGGAGCAGGCUUGAAUUCGCCCCCCCGGGCGGCAGACGCGGCCGGCGGCCGGGCGGACGCUGCUCCACAAGCGCUAAUGCCCGCGGCCGCCGCUCGGGACGGCUAAUCCGGGCCCGGAGGUUAGCGGGGCGGCGGCAGCAGCAUGGCCGGGGGCUGGUGGGCUAAGGCGCAGGGCGGGGGGAUGCUGCUGGCUCUCCUCGGAUGGAUCAGCUCCUGCGUCACCACCUUCGUGCCACUCUGGAAGAACCUCAAUCUGGACCUGAACGAGCUGGAGGUCUGGAACAUGGGGCUCUGGCAGGUCUGCAUCACUCAGGAGGAGGGGGUGGUUGAAUGCCAAGCCCACGGCUCCUUCCUGGCGCUGCCCCCCGAGCUGCGCAUCUCUCGCCUCCUGAUGUGCCUCUCCAACGGGCUGGGGCUGCUGGGCUGUCUCCUCGCUGCCCUGGGGCUGGAGGGCUGGAGAACCUGUGAGGACAAACCCGGGCGAAAGCGGCGGCUCCUGCUUGGCGGGGGAGCGACGCUUGGCAUAGCAGGGAUCACCACCCUGGUGCCAGUCUCCUGGGUCGCCUACAACACCGUCCUCGACUUCUGGGACGAGACUGUCCCCGACAUCGUCCCCAGGUGGGAAUUUGGGGAGGCCACCUUCCUGGGGUGGUUUGCCGGAGCCUUCCUCGCCGCUGGCGGGCUGCUCCUCGCCUGCAGCGCCCGCUCCACGAGGACCAGAGCGCCGCUGGCCUCCGCCUGCCGCCGGGUCCCCGCUGAGCCAGGUCUGGCUGGCAGCCAGCACCUGCACCCCAAAAACGCAGACUUGGUCAUCUAGAGCCUCAGGGUGCUGUGCCCUUUGCAUCUGGUGGCUCUUCCCCUGGCAGGGAGGGUUCCUGCUUGUUUCACAGGAUGAUUUGCUAAUUGCUACGCAGCUCUGCUCUACCUCUGAAGGUUUCUCACCUUCCUCUGCGUGUCUGCUUCACUUUUCUCUGUUAAGGAGCAGCAGAUUUCCCCGCAGCACUCACCAAGCAAGCGUGGGAAGGCAACAAGCAGCGGGCAGCACUUUGUCCUGCUGGUGACACUGUUGGCAUCCCUGGCGAGUGCCCUGUAGCCAAGUCUCUCGUGCCUAAUGCUGUGCCCCAGCGCAGCAGCUCUUGCCUUGCACUUCUGUGUCGCUCUGAUGUAUUUGCAAUAAAUUAUCAUGUCCAUUGGCAGUGUGUCUGUGCUCUGAACACGCAGCUGUAUCUUGCAGAAGUGGGAUGCAGGGUGGGAGUUGCAAGGGGCAGCACUGGUGCUGCAGCUAUGGUUUGGUCUCUCCAGAAAAGAUUGGAGGAAAAGAGAGGGAAAAUGGAAAACAAGGGGGAAGGGAGAAAAUGUGAGACAAGGCAGCACCAAGUUCUGCUCUUGCUGCAAAGGUGGGAUGGCAGUGACCGCGUGCCCUGCAGGACCUUCAUCUUCUCAUGGCUAAGAUGAUAAAGCCGAUAAGUGCCACAGACCUCUGUGUCAAAAGUUCCUCGACUGCAUCAUUUACCUGUGCACAAGAGGCAAGAAAGGGUUUUUGCAGGUCUCAACUGUUCCUUCCACAUUUUCCUGAUUCAGCUGUAAAAAUAAAGGCUGAUUACACACCUCUGUGAGCAAGAGCAUGGACCAUCAGGCUGGAUUAGCACCCGGAGUCCUGACAGGGGCCUGCCCGCUGCCACGGCACUGGCUGAAAACGGAGUUCACCGCUGGUUUAA